CAUAUACAGCGUACUUGAGCCAAGGCCAGGCCGGGUGAAAACCGGUUUCUUCGCGGCGUGUUCGCUUCGUCGAGUUUUAGCGUCGGUUGGCAGAUUCAGUGUGUCCGUCAGUUCGAUGCGUGCACGCUACAGGCGCUGACGGGCUGACAGUAAAAAAAAAAAACCUUUGUGCCUAUCCGGUCAAAGGGCAGGUGUUGUUCGGGCCGGUUUCGACGGUGGAACAUUCUACUCGGUAUCAUGCAUACCAAGGAGGAUGAUCAGUACGUGCUGUACGGUGGGCCCGAUCCGGCCGAUCUGGAUCACUGCGGAUCGCUGGGAGAAGUGAUAGUGGAAGAGUUGAAGCUACGUCCGGGCAACAUUGGAUUGAUCGAUCCGGUGUCUCUGGAGGAGCUGACGUAUGGCCAGAUUCUGGAACAGUCGGCCCGUUUGGCUACGGGGCUGGCGAGACUCGGCAUCGGAAAGACGGACAACGUGGCCAUCCUCAGCCAAAACAGCCUCGAGUAUUGCAUCGCAAUGUUCGGUGCCAUAUUCGUCGGAGCCCCGUUGGCCCUGCUCAAUCCGGCCUACAUCGAAGGGGAGCUGAAACAUGCGAUAAGCUUGGCGAAACCGAAAGCGAUAUUCAUCUCUCCGGACGUGCUGGACAAGCUUAUGGGGGCUCUUCGUGCACUGCAGGCGACCGGCGUUCGGGUGAUACUUUGUGGUGGUGAACAUGCCGCUGCCCGGGCGUACCCGGAGGUACUGCCCUAUGCUAGCCUGCUGUCGGUGGCGAUCGAUGCGACCAGCUACAAACCGGCCGCAGUGGACAAGAGCCGACAUGUUGCGUUGAUUGUACUGUCCUCCGGUACGACCGGACUGCCGAAGGGUGUGGAGCUAACGCACCAGAGUAUCAUCGCUUCGAUCGCACACUCGAAGGAAGCGGCCAAAAUGAUUGAGCUACCGGAUCAGCUGGUGGCCCUGGCAGUGACCCCGCUGUUUCACGUCGUUGCCGGUGUCGGUCUGCUGAACAUGGUGACCAACAACUGCCGGUGUGUGGUGAUGCCCCGGUUCGAUCCUCACCUUUUCUUGAGCAGCAUCGAGCGGUACAAGGUGAAUCUGAUGACGCUUGUGCCACCGUUGAUGGUGUUCCUGGCGAAGCACCCGAUGGUGGACAACUACGAUCUCUCGACCCUGAUGACACUGUUCUGCGGAGCGGCUCCGCUUAGUAAGGAGAUCGAAGAGCAGGUCCGGGAGCGCCUCGGAGUGGCAUUCAUACGGCAGGGUUACGGUAUGAGCGAAACCACGCUCGGUGUGUUGAUGCAGGAUGGGUUCGAGAAUAAGGCUGGCAGUGUGGGCCGUGUGCGGAUGGGUCAGUGGGUGAAGGUGAUUGAUCCCGAGACGGGCCGGGCACUGGGACCUAAUCAGAGGGGCGAACUGUGCUUCAAGGGUUCGCUCAUCAUGAAGGGAUACGUGGGCUUGGAUCGGGUUAUCGAUGAGGACGGUUGGCUACAUACCGGGGACAUCGCGUACUAUGACGACGAUCAGGAGUUCUUCAUCGUGGAUCGCAUCAAGGAGCUGAUCAAGUACAAAGGCUUCCAGGUGCCGCCGGCCGAACUGGAAGCGAUACUGCUCGAGCAUCCGAAAAUCAGCGACGCGGCGGUGAUCGGUGUGGCGGACGAGCGGGCCGGUGAGCUUCCGCUGGCGUUCGUGGUCACCGAGGACGGUGAGCAGCUUACGGAACGGGAGGUGAAGGAGUUCGUUGCUGGCAGGGUUUCGGAGCAGAAGCAACUGCACGGUGGCGUGCGGUUUAUCAGCCAGAUUCCCAAAACGGCCAGCGGUAAGAUACUGCGCCGGGAGCUAAGAGAUUCACUGAAGGUGGUGAAGGCGAAGCUGUGAGCUUGCGUGACGGCACCUCGUAGCAGAAAGCGUACUACCAAAUGCACUUAGUUCUUAGGUUGAUUGUUGUUUUCGUGGGGAUAGGGAGAUGAGAAAAUGUGGGUUAAUACAUUGAAAUACGGGUCUGUGGAGUAAAGCUGUUGGGUUCAUCUUUUUUUUAACAUCGCGGGUACGGGUAAAAAAUCCGUAACGAUAAUAUAAAAUAUUCACUG